UUUAUGAACGGCUGUAAGCAUGAAAUCCAGUUAACUCGUGUGUCACUUAACGAGAUCAGGCUAUAAUCGGCUGACUCUGCACAAGGGAGAUUAAGUCCAAGGACGCAUGUCCUCCUGCUUGCCUCGCCUGGGUGCCUGAGUGACUCCUGCAUCCGUGGAGAAGAUACUCACCUAAAACGCGUGGCAGGACUUGCAAUGUUUGGUUGGAUUGAAAAAGUCAUCCCGCAUCCCCCAGAAACACCGACGAGAACUGCUGCAGACCCUCAGGAGGGGGGCAGUGAACCAGCAAAAUGCGUCCAGAAUGUGGAGGCUAUGGUGAAAGAAACCAGCAACCCCCCAGUUGAAUUAAAACAACAGGAGCCCCCGCUGGAGGCCGAGAAAAGUCCUGGAGGAGUACUCGGCUGGCUGGCUCAGGGUUUGGGUAGAGUUGUCCCUCAGCCUGUGGAGAGCCCCACACUGACCCGUGCAAGCAAAGAGAGCACCGAAGCAGUGGAACAACAGAAGCAAACGGCAGGCAAUGAGACAGUGGAAAAAAGAACCGAGAAUGGACCUACAGAGCAGACUGAAGUCUCUUCAGUAGGAGUCCUUUCCUGGCUGUCCCAAGGCUUGGAGAAGGUGGUUCCUCAGCCAGCUUUGAUCCAUAGGACGAGUGUCAGUGGGGGGUCUGGGGCUAGUUCAGUGAGUGUUGAGCAGAAAGCUCACAUAGAGGAGAAACCCUCAAAAAGUGAAGAAGCAGCUGUUGUACCAUCCUCUCCACCCCCAAGUCCUUCUCCGACCCCGGUGAUUGUGUCUGCGCCAGCCAUCAUUGAGGUUCAUCCAGCGCCCACUUCAGAACCCCAGGCAAUGGCUUCGGACAAAGGGUCCGGAGCAGGGGUUCUGAACUGGCUCAUGCAGGGCAUUGGGAAGGUGGUACCUCUACCAGACGUCCCCGUUUCACCUGCUAAACCGGUGGAGGAUGAAGAGCCCAAGGUGGAGGAGCAUCCUGCAGUGUUGACCCGGAAAGACUCCAAGGGGAGCAGCGCUGACGCUGGGGUGCUUCGCUGGAUCUCUCAAGGUUUGGAGAAAGUCAUCCCUCAACCAGUAACUGCAGCAAAGCAGGAAUCCCAGCCCAUCACUCUCGGCCAAGUGGAGGAAAUCUGUAUCCAGCAACAAAGCCCAGAAGAAGAGGAUCUCCUGGUGGAAGAUCUGGAAGACGCAGACGGUUCUGUACCAACAGAUGAGAUCCCAGCGGAUGCCAUCACUACAGCGGCCCCGAGCGGCACAAAUCAAGCGAUGCAGGAGACUGCGGAGGACAGCCUGCUGACAGAGGAUCUGGAGUCUCGUCUGAAAACAGAGGCUGGACAGCAAGAGACUGUGCAUGAAGAAGACACGCAUGAAGAGGACACGCGUGAAGCUCCAUCCUGGCCCCCGAAAGAACGCGAGGAGGCGAGAGGAGUGAUGUAUAAUUUGUGCGCGGCCAUCGAACGUGGGAAAGGGAACUCAUGGGCAGAAAAGGACCCCAUGGAGUCUGAGAAUGAGCGUCUGUCCUGGAUCAUGGAAGAAGAAGAAGAUGAAGAUGAGCUCCUGAUGUCCUGUUAUCACAGUGAAAGUGAGGAGGAGACCAAGGUGUCGCAACAGGUGAUUUUGGAGGGUCCCUCUGAAUACCUGGACGCGUCCGUUCGUCCCCCGGUUCACGCUGAAGAGACUGCACACUACAUGCAGGCUUUGGAACGCGCGGCGGGCAUCUUUUCAGCUGAGGAAGCAGAUCGCGUGUCCUUUGGUCACCCGGCUGUCAGCAUCGAGGAUGUGGAUUCAGGAAGCAUCACGACGGCCCUCACAUAUGAAAUCCCCGUGAAGCCACCAGCGUCCCCGUACAGGACUCUUGCUGUACCUGGCACAUCGAUGCCAGCAAAGAGUAGGAAGAGGACGGUGUCCCAAGCAGACGGGGAAGAUGCGCCUGAUGCCGAGGAUGAAGAGCCAAUGGAGAGGUCGGCAUCUUCUAUCAGUCAAAGCAGCGCCAUCAUUACAGAGCGUCUGCAGGAGCUGGUCAGACUCUUCAAGGACCGCACGGAGCGCGUGAAGGAGAGGCUCAUAGACCCUGAGCUGUCCUCAGAAGAGGAGAGCCCCGCCGCGUCCCCCUCUAAAAAGCCUGCGGCGGCAGCUCCACCGCCGCCACCUCCCCCCGCAGAGGAGAAAAAGAGAGAAGGGGAGCCCCCCGCUGGGGAGGAACAUUACUGCGAUAUGCUGUGCUGCAAAUUUAAAACCCGGCCGUGGCGACACCGCCUCAAGAAAUACGAGUUCCCAUCCAGCAUCGAUCCUCUGACCAAUCUCAUGUAUGUGCUGUGGCUGUUUUUCGUGGUGAUGGCCUGGAACUGGAACUGCUGGCUCAUCCCUGUUCGCUGGGCAUUCCCCUAUCAGACUCCCAGUAACAUCCAUUACUGGCUGCUAAUGGAUUACCUGUGUGACCUCAUAUAUCUGCUGGACAUAGUUGUCUUCCAAGUGCGACUGCAGUUUGUGCGUGGAGGCGACAUCAUUACCAGCAAGAAAGACAUGCGGGAAAACUACAUCAAGUCCGAACGAUUUAAGAUGGAUGUCAUCUCUCUCCUCCCGCUGGAUCUUCUGUACUUUAAGUUUGGUGUCAGAUCCAUUCUCCGGUUACCUCGCAUUUUGAAGUACAUGGCAUUCUUUGAAUUUAACAACCGUCUGGAGGCGAUUCUGAGCAAGGCGUACAUCUACAGGGUGAUCCGGACGACGGCGUACCUUCUGUACUGUCUUCACAUGAACGCUUGCCUCUAUUACUGGGCGUCUGACUUUGAAGGCUUGAGAUCCACCAAGUGGGUGUAUGAUGGAGAGGGAAAUAGUUAUAUCCGCUGCUAUUACUGGGCUGUAAAGACAUUGAUUACGAUUGGAGGCCUCCCUGAUCCGACGACGCUCUUUGAGUUAUGGUUCCAGCUCCUCAAUUACUUCAUGGGUGUGUUUGCCUUCUCUGUCAUGAUUGGUCAGAUGAGAGACGUAGUUGGUGCAGCCACUGCCGGACAGACUUACUAUCGCAGCUCUAUGGACAGCACCAUCAAGUACAUGAACUGCUACAAGAUCCCUCGCAGUGUACAGAAUCGUGUCAAGAUGUGGUAUGAGUACACGUGGCAGUCGCAGGGAAUGCUGGAUGAGUCUGAGCUUAUGGUGCAGCUCCCAGAUAAGAUGAGGCUGGAUCUCGCUAUAGAUGUGAAUUACAACAUUGUCAGCAAAGUGGCCCUUUUCCAGGGCUGUGAUCGGCAGAUGAUUUACGACAUGCUCAAGCGACUGCGCUCGGUUGUGUAUCUGCCUGGAGACUAUGUGUGUAAGAAGGGGGAGAUCGGCCGUGAGAUGUAUAUCAUUAAAGCCGGCGAGGUGCAGGUGCUUGGAGGCCCAGACGGACAGACUGUCCUCGUGUGUCUCAAAGCUGGCUCUGUGUUUGGAGAAAUCAGUCUGCUGGCAGUGGGGGGAGGAAAUCGCCGCACGGCAAACGUGGUGGCACACGGCUUUACCAACCUUUUCAUCCUGGAUAAGAAGGAUCUUAGUGAAAUCUUAACUCAUUAUCCCGAGUCUCAGAAACUUCUGCGCAGGAAAGCAAAGAAAAUGCUUAAGAACACCAGCAAACCAAAAGACGAGGGUCCUGCCCAGAAGGGAUUCCAGCACAUCAUCCCCCCAAGGCCCGAGACCCCCAAGCUUCUGAAAGCUGCACUUGCCGCUACUGAAAAAAUGGGUUUUAAGGGAUUUUCCAAACUAAGGCUUCGGAUUAAAACGAAGAAAACCGUCCAGCCAACCACUUCCAGCCCAGUACCCCCAGGAUCCCCGGUCCACCGCCGAUCUCCGGUGCCCCCCAUCAAAGCAGAAGACCAUGACCCGACUGACAUAGUGUCCGAGUCUGCAGACAACACUGUUUGUAUUCGGGUCAGCCCGUCCUCUCGGGGUGACGAACAGAUCCUUUCUGUGGAAGCGACUGGACCAGAGGAGGAAAAGAAAUAAAGAAGGGGCGUCAUGUAGGAUUUGGUGGAACUUAAGCCCUUUUCCGGUAAAGCAGCAAAGCUGCUGUCAGACCCAGAGGGCCAUUGGGGCCUGGAAAGCGAUAACAACCUGCCAUCAAUAAAUGCAGAGGUACGGAAACCGCUUACACCGGGAACUGCCUGUUACGGGCCUGCGGGGGUGAAGAGAGAGGAGCCGUCCUCGCUCCCGGCCCUGCGCUCGCUUUUUGCAGUAUAGCCCUGUUGUAAGGGGCAGGGGACAGUAGGCUUAGUUCUGAGUAAAAAGCUGUAAUGUCUAUUAAAAGGAAAAUUGUUAUUUUGUUAAAUAAAUCUAUUCCUGCAAACGAAA